AUGACUAUCAAGGCUGUUAUUUUUGACAUGGGAGGCGUUUUGAUAGAGUCACCUUCUGGAAUGUGGAUAGGGAUGGAAACAGACCUAAAAAUUGACAAAGGCUCAUUAUUUGCUGCCAUGCUGGACCCAGUUUUGAAAACGGAUACGGAAGCUUUAGAAAGAGGGGAAAUUACAGCCGAAGAGUUUGAUCCGAUUUUCACACAAUUCUACAAUAAGCAGUAUGGACGCAAUGAAGAGCGGGUUCCAUUGAUUUUAUCGGUUGUUAAGAAAUUGUAUGACAUUCAUUUGGUUCCGGAAAUGAUUGAAUUACUGAAGGACUUACGAAAAGCUGGAAUCAAGGUAGCUCUUCUUACCAAUAACUUCCUUGCCGAUCGAGAUCGGCAAAUUCCUACUCUCCCGAAAGGACUCGAGAAAUACUUUGACGUGGUCGUCGAGUCGUGCAGAGUUGGAAUGCGAAAACCUGAAGAUGCCAUAUAUCAUCAUACAUGCGAGCUAUUAGAGUUGAAACCAGAAGAAUGCAUGUUUCUUGAUGACCUUGGAGUAAAUGUGAAAGCGGCGAGAGAUUUAGGCAUAAAAACUAUCAAGGUGACUCACCCUCCGACGGCUGCUAUGGAAGUGAGAACAGCUUUGAAGGACUUGCUCAUAUCUUCAGCACAAGAAAAAGACUCCCUAUGA